GUAGUCGACAGUGUCGCUAAGGCCGGGGCCGGCGAUCUCCUGGCAAGCUGCCCCCUGCCUCAUGUCAUCUGGAGGCUGCUGGACUCGCCCUUGCUCCCCUUGGCUUGGUUGACGGGUUAUCAAGGGGCAUGUUUUCCGGCCUUCGAUCAAUUGCUUGCCGGUGCCUACGAGCCUCCCGAUGAAGUUCCUGAGGACCUCCUUCCGAGGGCCACUGCCCCUUCCGUUCCGACGAGUGUUGCUGAUCUCAGGCUGCGACUGGUCACCUGCAAUGUCCAGACAUUGAAAGACAAGCGGCAGCUUGUCUUCCAGCAACUUCUGGACCGGCAGGUCCUGAUUGCAGGGUUGCAAGAAACUCGGACCACACUGGAGACUCAAUGCAAGGGUGCCGUUUUUGCGGAGUUCGCCUCAGCCGCGUGCAACGGCGAAGGGGGCGCGACCCUUCUCUUCAACACCCGUGUUCCGUACGGAUGGUGUCGUGGUCGCCCCCUCUUCUUGGAGCCCGCACACCUGACCUGCUUGCACGCUGAGGCUCAGCUCAUCUGUGUACAAGUUCGAGCCCCCUUCUUGCAGGUCGUUUGCGUGUGUGCUCAUGCGCCCCACUCUGGGCUUUCUGCUCAAGCUGUGCAAAAGUGGUGGCAUUCCUUUUCCAGUGCGCCCUGGCUUCAAUCCCACCGGGGCAGAGUCCUCGCUUUUCUAGAUGCAAAUGCACAGCUGGGGUCCACCACUUCAGAGGGCAUUGGUUCGCAUGCCGCUGACAAUGAGACCCCCGCGGGAGCUUUCCUACGAGAUUGGGCUGAUAACAUGGAGGUUUGCCUUCCUGCCACAAUGCACAAUGGGGACGGUCUGUGUGAUCCGGGGGCCCGUGAGCCCACGUGGUUCUCCCCGUCCGGGGUAGGAUACCGCAUUGACUUCGUUGGUGUACCUGCCCAGUGGGGUUGCCACCGCUGCGUUCCUUCUACUCUGGUUGAUUUUGAGCUGCUUAACAGAGAUCACAUCCCGGCACAGGUCGAGGUUCGACUGCGGUUCUCCGGCCGCCCUGACCCUGCCAGGCCCACCCCGCUUUUCCCGCGUGAUCCUCAGCAAUGGCCGGCUGCCUCCCUCGACGGGCUUCGACAGGCCAUUGAGGCUAUCCCAUGUCCUGAGUGGGGAGUUAGCGUGCAUAAACACGUCGAUUUGGUCUUCCAGGCCAUCAAGGAAGCUGGUCGCCGAUGCCAGCCACCGCCUCGCCGACGCUGUCGUGCCUUUGUCUCUGAACCUACACGAAUUCUCCUGGACAGGAGCAAAGGCUGUCGAUCUGCCUUGCGCGGCCUGAAACAGCUGCAUCAAGCGCUCCUUUACCGACGUGCCUCUGCGCGGCCUGCUGUCUCUUCUGAGGGCUGGUCGUGCCGGGAUGUGGCCUCUUUGCGCCAAUGGGUUGCAGAUACCCUGGGUCAUGUCCAGAAGCAGUUGCGACAGGCCCUUGCGGUUGACAAAGGAAACUAUGUCAGACAGGCCCAGGCCCGGCUUCAGGACGCACACGACCCGUUUAACGCCAAAGCUUUCUUUGCGGCUCUCAGGGCCCUCCGGCCACCUGGCAAACGAGUCCUCAAGCCCUUCUCCAAGCUGGUCGUGGAUGCCGAAGCCGAUGAUGACCCCACCCAGCGGUUGAAACGGCAGCAGAAGCACUUCGCAGAUCUGGAAGCUGGAGUUAUCGUUGAAGAGCGGUUGGUCUUGGAUGGCCCGGAUGCUUGCACCGGUGUGACUGGCAGUUUCCUGCCGAAACACCUCCCGGCCUGGGUGGACGUGGAGACCGACUUCCGCAAAUGUAAAGCAGGGAAAGCCCCAGGGGCUGACGCCCUUCCGGAUUGGGUCUGGAAAGCAAGAUAUUGCGACGGCACUUACGACCGGCGAUCCUCAAGCAGCUCCCCAAUGAUCCACUACAUCAGGGAGGAAUACCGCAAUCGCUUCUUCAAGGUCUGCCAGAUCCUGUCUCAGCUGGGUGUCGCACCGGCCUCGCUCCACAUCGUCUGCAAGUGGCUGACGGACACCGACCUCAUGGAGCAUGCUCAUGAUCACGAAAGGGCACUCCUCCAGGCCUAUUUCACCGGGUCAUUUUUCACCAUGAAGGAGGGCGGCAAUGUGAUCCGGACAAGAGCUGGCACACGGCCAGGGGACUCAAUUGCUGAUGCCCUUUUUUCCCUGCUACAGGCGGAUUUCAUUGCAGGCGUCAGGCAUAGGUUCGACUGUCAGGGCAUGCUGCUGGACCCUGUUACCAAGACGGCUUUCCAGG